GGUGCGGCGCGGAGGGGCCUUGAGGCGGCCGAGCGGGAGCGGGGUGCGGAGCGGGAACCUCCCGCCUCCUCCCGCCUGCCGGAUUGGGGAUUCCCGAGCAUCCCGGAAGAGAGGACCGGCCACUUCCGGUUCCGCUUCCCCGGACCGGACCGGAGCCGUCACCAUGACCGCCACGCUGCGCCCAUACCUGAACGCGGUGCGUGCCACGCUGCAGGCCGCCCUGUGCCUGGAGAACUUCUCCUCGCAGGUAGUGGAGCGCCACAACAAACCCGAGGUGGAGGUCAGGAGCAGCAAGGAGCUCCUGUUGCAGCCAGUGAUCAUUAGCAGGAACGAGAAGGAGAAGGUGCUCAUUGAGGGCUCCAUCAACUCUGUGCGUGUCAGCAUCGCUGUCAAACAGGCCGAUGAGAUCGAGAAGAUCCUGUGCCACAAAUUCAUGCGCUUCAUGAUGAUGAGGGCUGAGAACUUCUUCAUCCUUCGCAGGAAGCCCGUGGAGGGCUACGACAUCAGCUUCCUAAUCACUAACUUCCACACGGAGCAGAUGUACAAGCACAAGCUUGUGGAUUUUGUGAUCCAUUUCAUGGAGGAGAUCGACAAGGAGAUCAGUGAGAUGAAGCUCUCUGUCAAUGCCAGGGCCCGCAUCGUGGCAGAGGAAUUUCUCAAGAACUUCUAGGCCGUGCCGUGACUCCGUGGCUUCCCGGUGCCUGUGCAGAGCCGCAUGCCGGGGCUCUCCUGCUCUGGAGAAGGAAAGCUGGGCCCCUGGCUGCAAACCCGUCUCCUCGCUGGCCGGGGCGGGGGCGGACCGGGCUUGUGCGCACGCGGGGCCAGGCGGCCCCGCUCCCUGUCCUGUCGCAUUGUGUUUUAUAAAGAGUUACUUGCUGUA